CCCAGCAUGGCCAGCCAGCCAGGCGCUGCGCCCCGGGGCGAUCAGUGGACGUCCGCCCAGUCCCUGGACGGGCAGCUGGGGAUGCCGCGCGUCCGCACCCGGCCCUGGUGGUUUCCUGUGCAGGAACUGAGGGACCCGCUGGUGUUUUACCUGGAGGCAUGGCUGGCCGACUCGAUCUUCGGCCCAGACCGAGCCACCGUUCCGGAAAUGGAGUGGGUGAACCAGGUCUUGCUGACGGUGGACACAGUAAACUCCGGGAGCUUAGUCGAAAUCACCGUCUUCGGACAGCCCCGAGUACAAAAUCGCGUGAAGAGCCUGCUCUUGAGCUUGGCGUCAAAGUACCGAAAACUUCGUGCCCGAGAUGAGAAGAUGAAACAACUUGAGGAGUUUCUGAAGGCACGUGCGUCAGGUCCCCAGACUCCCCAGCUUCCUGUUGGAUAAGUACUGUCAGGAGCAUUAGGGGAACAGACCUGCUUCUGCUACUGAAGUUCAGCAGAAGCAAGUAUCCUUGCAUCUCAGCGUUCUUUUUCCUUUUACUUGAUGGAUAGUGGUUUGAUUAUUUUCAUGCAAACGUGAAUGCUGUUGUAGUAAACACAUGAA